AUGUCUGCCAAAACCAACACCAGAGCGAAACUGGAAUCUUGGCCGGUACCUCAAAAACCCUGGCAGCGACUGCAUAUCGACUACGCCGGGCCCGUCGAUGAUUGGUAUUACCUUAUACUAGUUGAUGCCUUCUCGAAGUGGCCCGAAGUUAUCCCAACUCGUCGAAUCACAACAUCUGCAACGUUGGAAAUCCUUCAAGGAAUCUUCGCACGUUUUGGAAUGCCAGAGACCUUAGUGAGCGACAACGGACGUCAGUGCAUCAGUGAGCAGUUCGAACGCUACUGUGAAAACAACGGUAUUCUACACCUGAAAACGCCGCAAUUCCACCCACAGUCCAACGGAUUGGCAGAAAGGUUCGUCGACACCUUUAAGCGGACUCUCAAGCAAAUUACAGCGGGAGGAGAGGGUCUCACUGAAGCAAUCAACACGUUCCUGCUCUGCUACCGUUCCACACCAAACCGAAGCGCUCCGGAAGAGAAGUCCCCUGCCGAGUUACUGCUUGGUAGACCCCUUCGGACAUCGCUAGACUUGCUCAAACCUCCAACAUCGUUUCAUAAAAUGGAACAAAGCAAGCAAGAUAGCCAAUAUAACCGCAAACAUGGAGCCAAGGCCAUCUACAACAAUCCCCAGGACCUGGUCUGGGCCAAGGUUUUCAAAAACAACAGUUGGAGUUGGGAAGCAGGUCAGGUGCUUGAGCGCGUGGGGAGCGUAAUCUACAACGUUUGGCUGCCGCAGAAAAAAACAUUAAUCCGAUCCCACUGUAAUCAGCUUCGAAGUCGUAACGAAUCGGAAACAGCAGAUGUAGCAGAAAACGAAACUCCUGUUCAAGUCCCACUGGAUAUCCUUCUAAACACGUGGGGCCUGAAUCCAAGAUCUACAGAACCAGAAGAACCGCAACUGGACCUGGACAGUAUUCCCGAGGAACCACGGAUGACAGAACCACCCAGGGGUUCUCAACGAAGACGUCAACGCCCACCAAGAAGAGCUGAAUAG